AGUCAGUGAAUCAGUGAAUCAGUCAGUGAGUGUAUAGUAAAAAUAGCGAUUUUCUGACGUCAAUAUCUCAAGACCUACAAUAGGUAUAUUAAUGAAAUUUUGUAUUUUAGAUAAGUGAGGGGGUCUCAACAGAUACUAGAAAUUUGAUAUGCGUAAAUAAAAUAGAUUUUGAGUUACAGGGGGGUCGAAUUUGGCCCGAAAUGGUUCGUGUAAUAUAACCCACGGCCGGUGUGUCGCCUUUUUUGCUCGAACUUGGCGGACACACUGCCGUGUGUCUAGAUGACAUCCUUCGAUAGCCUAUCGUCAAGCCAAAAAUCCCGCGCGGCUUUGCAUCGGGAUGUCCGAAGUAUUGGCACGGAAACUUGCCAUUUCCUGGGCCUGGAGAUAACAAAGGCUGCUAUGGAAAUUGUUGCAGAACUUGUUUAUAAGAAACUUUUAUUGUAUGGAGCAGAUUUAGAAGCCUUUGCCAAGCAUGCUAAACGCGCAACAAUAAACGCUGAAGAUGUCAAACUACUGGUUCGACGAUGUCCAUCAUUGAAAAGUCACCUUAAUACAAUAGCACCAAGUCCUAAAGAGAAAAAAAGAAAAACCGUAGGUGGCAGAGCCUCAGAAGCAUCAACUCCUAACCAAAAAGACUCGGAACUUUCAACUUCGAAGCAAAAAGGGCCAGAGAUUGCGACUUCGAUUCCUAAGGAGACAGAAAUUCCGACUUGGACGAGGAAGGAACCAGAGUCAAAGCAGAAAGAUGUUAGUGAACAGGAAGAUAAAGAAAUUGAAAGUAUGGUCAUUGAUGAUAUGAUUGAUUUAACUUUUGAUUAAAAUAUA